GAUCUUAGUUGAAGCUAAAUAUGGAUCUAAUGGGAUUCAAAUCGAACUAUGGGCCAAGGAUAAUAAAUUAGACCAAUCCUUAGGUAGAAAGCAGUUCUUCCAUCAUCUCGAUCCGGUUCUUGUUUGGGAAACAUGGCUGGCACGAGAGUUAUGUUCAUCAUGUUUCUUUUGGCAUUCAUAUGGGUUAUUAAUGCACAACAUGCCAAUGGAGCUUUAACAUCAGAAUUGGUAAGAGAAAUUGAGAAAGUCAACAAACAAGGACCCUAUCUUGGUUUAGUAAUACCAAACACUUUUGAGUUGAACCCUCUGCUUCAGUCACCGAACUACACUUGUAGCAACAAGACCAUAGAUUUUGCUGGAAAGAGAUUUCGCUUUGGAGCUAUUGGUGAUAAGCCUGUUAUAUUGGUCAUGACUGGAUUAGGCAUGAUAAAUGCAGCAAUAACUACUCAGCUUCUUUUGAGCUUUUUCAAAUUAAUAGGAGUUGUGCAUUAUGGCACUGCUGGGGGUGUAAACCCUUACCUAAAUUUUGGAGAUGUAGUUAUUCCUCAAUAUUGGGCACAUUUUGGUCUUUGGAGCUGGCAGCGGUAUGGGCAAGGGCCUAAGGAUGAGUUACCCCUAGAAGCCGAUGGAGAUUACACCAGGGAAAUAGGGUACUUAAACUUUGCAAACUAUACCACAAAUAUCAGUGAUGGUAUCUCAUAUGACAAUUUGCUUAACAAUAUCUGGUACCAACCGGAGGAAAUUUUUCUUGUUGAUGGCACUCCUGAACAAAGGCAACAUGCAUUUUGGGUACCAAUUGAUUCCCUAUACUUCCAAAUAUCUCAAAAGCUUGAGGAUAUAAAACUGGAGAAGUGCAUAAAUUCAACCACAUGUUUGUUGAACACUCCAAAGGUAGUCCGUGUCCAGAGAGGAGCAAGUGCAAGUAUUUUCUUGUCGAAUGAGGCCUACAAAACCUUCAUACACAAUAAUUUCAACGUAGACCUUGUGGACAUGGAAAGUGCGUCUGUGGCAUUAAUAUGCCUACAACAAAGGGUGCCUUUCAUUGCAAUUAGGGCUGUCUCUGGUAGCAGGUCUGCUCUGCCAUUUAAAUUUGAUGCAAGCACAUUUCUUAACCUUGCUUCAACUAAUUCAGUCACGGUAGUUGUUGAAUUUAUCAGGCUAUUAUCUCUCUCUUUGAAGUGGUCCAUGUAA